AUGCAGCGUGCUUUUGCUUCCACACCCCGAGCCCUUGCUCGCUCAUCACGAGUGAGCUCUGGUUCGCUCAUUCAACAACGAUUCGCGCACAAGGAACUCAAGUUCGGUGUUGAGGGACGAGCAGCUCUCUUGCAGGGUGUAGACACUCUCGCCAGAGCUGUAGCCACAACUCUCGGUCCUAAGGGUCGCAAUGUCUUGAUCGAGUCAAGUUAUGGGUCGCCUAAGAUCACUAAGGACGGUGUCACUGUCGCCAAGGCCAUCACACUCAAGGACAAAUUCGAGAACCUCGGUGCGAGGUUAUUACAGGAUGUCGCCAACAAGACCAACGAGGUUGCUGGUGACGGUACCACUUCCGCCACCGUCCUUGCACACGCCAUUUUCUCCGAGACCGUGAAGAACGUCGCUGCAGGCUGCAACCCGAUGGAUUUGCGCCGCGGUACCCAGGCAGCGGUCGAGGCUGUCAUCCGCUACCUACAGGCCAACAAGCGCGACAUCACCACCUCCGCAGAAAUCAGCCAGGUUGCAACCAUCUCUGCGAACGGCGAUACUCACAUCGGCGAGAUGCUUGCUAGCGCGAUGGAGAAGGUCGGAAAGGAGGGUGUUAUCACUGUGAAGGAGGGCAAGACCAUCUCCGAUGAGUUGGAGGUCACAGAGGGUAUGAAGUUUGACCGAGGGUUUAUCUCUCCCUACUUCAUCACGGAUACCAAGUCGCAAAAGGUGGAGUUUGAGAAGCCUUUGAUCCUUCUCUCUGAGAAGAAGAUCUCGGCUGUGCAAGACAUCGUGCCCGCGCUUGAGGCAUCUCAACAACUGAGGAGACCGCUUGUCAUUAUUGCCGAGGACAUUGAUGGAGAGGCGCUAGCUGUCUGCAUCUUGAACAAGUUGCGUGGUCAGCUCCAAGUCGCUGCUGUCAAGGCUCCCGGCUUCGGUGACAACCGCAAGAGCAUCCUUGGCGACAUUGCGGUCCUAACAAACGGUACCGUCUUCACCGAUGAGCUUGACAUCAAGCUUGAGAAGGCCACUGCAGAGAUGCUCGGCUCCACCGGGUCCAUCACCAUCACAAAGGAGGACACUGUCAUCCUCAACGGAGAGGGCACUAAGGACAUGGUCGCACAACGAUGCGAACAGAUUCGUGGCGUCAUUGCCGACGCUACCACCAGCGAUUACGAGAAGGAGAAGCUUCAGGAGCGUCUCGCCAAGCUCUCAGGUGGUGUUGCCGUCAUCAGGGUCGGCGGUGCCUCCGAAGUUGAGGUCGGUGAGAAGAAGGACCGCAUGGUCGAUGCCUUGAACGCGACUCGUGCUGCUGUCGAGGAAGGCAUCCUUCCCGGUGGUGGUACCGCUCUUCUCAAGGCUGCUGCCAACGCCCUCAAUGACUUGAAGCCAGCGAACUUCGACCAGCAGCUGGGUAUUACCAUUGUCAAGAACGCCAUUACCCGACCUGCACGCAAGAUUGUCGAGAACGCUGGCUCGGAAGGCUCCGUCAUCGUUGGCAAGCUUAUGGACGAGUUCGGCAGCGACUUCAACAAGGGAUACGACAGCGCCAAGGGCGAAUUCACCGACAUGAUCGCUGCUGGUAUCCUGGAUCCUUUCAAGGUCGUUCGAACUGGUCUCUCCGAUGCCUCUGGAGUUGCUUCGCUGCUCGGAACCACUGAAGUCGCCAUUGUCGAGGCGUCUGAAGAGAAGGGCCCACCAGCUGGCAUGAACCCCAUGGCCGGAAUGGGCGGCGGCAUGGGCUUCUAA